GGCCUUUUCGUUAAGUGAUUUUCAUAUUCAUAAGUGCUUAUAUGUCACUUCCAACUCGAGCUAAACCCUCCGGUCUCCUCCAGAUCAUGGUAGACUUUAUGGAGCUGAAUUAAGACAAGCAAGACCCUCAACUAUGGCCUGGAUACUAAAAUCUAGUGGGUUUGGGCCAUUUGUGCUGUUGGGCCAGGCUUGAAUGUCUGGUGAGCUUGGAGUAGGUUCGAUACAAACAUGGGUUUGAUUCAACCCAAAUUUCACAUUUGUGUGUUAUGACCGUCAAAAUUGGAGAGCAGUAGUCCUGAUCUGAAGAUUCUAUGCCGAGAACAGCAGUGGGUUUUGUGAAUCUUGUUGACCCAAGUGGCCGAAGAAUCGCAAGUGAUUUCCGUUCCUUUUAAAUUCUCUUCUUAAUCGGACCAACAAUCUCUGGUUGAACCUCGUAGUGAUUAAUGUAGGAGUACGAGUUAUGAGUUGUAAACUACUUCCCCUUCCAACCUCUCUGAACAGCCUUAUCAAUUCUGGGCGGACCCUGAAACAUGCCACUCAAAUUCAUUCCCAUCUCAUCACCACUGCCUUCCUUUCCCUCCCUUUCCUCUUCAACAACCUCCUCAACUUGUACGCCAAAUCUGGUUCUUUCGACCACACCUUGUUGCUCUUCUCCUCAACCCCACAUGACUCUAAGAACGUUGUCUCUUGGACUUCUCUUAUCACCCAAUUUUCCCGUUCUAAAAGACCCUUUCACGCCUUGACUUUCUUUAACCGUAUGAGGUGUUCUGGGGUUUUUCCCAAUCACUACACCUUCUCCGCUGUCUUAUCUGCUUCCACUGACACUAUGGCUUCUGUUCAUGGGGAUCAGAUGCAUUCUUUGAUUUGGAAACACGGGUUCCAUGCUGACGUCUUUGUUGCCAGUGCGUUAGUUGACAUGUAUGCCAAGUGUUGUGAUAUGUGCAGGGCCGAGAAGGUGUUCGAGGAAAUGCCCCUGAGAAACCUAGUGUCUUGGAACUCUAUGAUUGUGGGAUUCCUGCAGAACAAGCUAUAUGAUCGGGCCAUUCUCUUCUUUAAGACGCUUCUACUAGAGAAUCUAACUGCUGUUGAUGAGGUAAGCUUUUCUAGCGCUUUGAGUGCUUGUGCCAAUGUUGGUAACUGGGAGUUUGGGAAACAAGUUCAUGGAGUUGCUCUCAAGCUUGGUGUCAGGAAUUUGGUUUAUGUAAAUAACUCGCUGAUUGACAUGUAUAGUAAGUGUGGCUUGUUUGACGAUGUUGUGAAGUUGUUUUCAAACAUUGGAGCUAGAGAUGUUGUUACUUGGAACAUUAUGAUCAUGGCAUGCGUUUAUAAUAACAAUUAUGAAGAUGCCUGCAAUAAUUUUUGGAUGAUGAGGAGGGAAGGUUUAAUACCUGAUGAAGCGUCAUACUCCUCUGUUCUUCAUUCUUGUGCAAAUCUUGCAGCAUUAUAUCAGGGAGCACUCAUCCAUAAUCAGAUCAUAAAAUCUGGAUUCGUGAAGAAUUUGUGUGUUGCAAGCUCUUUGGUCACGAUGUAUGCAAAGUGCGGCAGCUUGGUAGAUGCUUUUCAGACAUUUGAAGAGACUGUGGACCGUAAUGUGGUUUGUUGGACAGCCAUAAUUGCAGCUUGUCAACAACACGGUCAUGCUAACCAGGUUGUUGAGUUAUUCGAGCAAAUGUUGAGAGAGGGGAUUAAACCUGACUAUAUUACUUUUGUUUCUGUUCUCUCUGCUUGCAGCCACACUGGCCGGAUCGAAGAAGGAUUCUUCUACUUUAAUUCAAUGAUAAAAGUGCAUGGAAUUUGCCCUGGAUAUGAGCAUUAUGCGUGUAUAGUCGACUUGCUUGGUCGUGCUGGGCAGUUGGAUAGAGCUAAGAGGUUUAUAGAACUGAUGCCUAUCAAACCAGACGCCUCUGUAUGGGGUGCUCUGCUUAGUGCUUGCAGGAAUCAUAGCAACCUUGAAAUGGGUAAGGAAGUGGCUCUGGAACUUUUUGAAUUGGAACCAGAUAAUCCUGGAAAUUAUGUGCUGCUUUGUAACAUCUUGACACGUAAUGGGAUGUUACGCGAGGCCGACGUGGUUAGAAGAAAGAUGGAAGCCAUUGGAGUGAGGAAGGAACCAGGAUGUAGCUGGAUUGACAUAAAGAAUUCAACAUAUGUGUUCACAGUGCAUGAUAAGUCACAUGAGAAAACGCAGGAGAUUUACGAGAUGUUGGAGAAGGUGAAGGAGUUGGUAAAGAAGAAAGGGUAUGUGGCUGAAACUGAAUUUGCAAUAAACAUGGCAGAAGCAUACAAGGAGCAGAGUUUGUGGUACCAUAGCGAGAAACUAGCCCUUGCACUUGGGCUGCUGAGCCUUCCCGCCGGGGCUCCAAUUAGGAUAAAAAAGAACUUAAGAACCUGUGGAGACUGUCAUACCGUAAUGAAGUUUGCAUCAGAAGUUUUUGGGCGAGAGAUUAUAGUAAGAGACAUAAGCAGAUUUCAUCAUUUCACCAAUGGCAUUUGUUCUUGUGGAGAUUACUGGUGAUUGAUUUAGUUAGAGUUGGUAAUAUGGAUCAUCAAGUUUUUGUUCAUCUUGAUUUGUUCUCCUAUUCAUCAUUGUUACGUUUCUAUUGAGGCAACUGUGAUUUAUCUGAUAUCAUAAUGCUUGCAGUGUGAAUCCAGGGAUACAAAUUGGACACUGUUGAAUAUUCAAAUGUAUUCCCAUCAGAAAUUCACUGCAGCAACGCAAUUUGAACACAAUGGGGAGCUAACUUUCAACAUUUGAUUAGGUAUUAUACCUUCCACCUUCAAUACUACACCUUCAUGUAGACUAAGUCAUGAAACAUUGAGUUUGUCCCUUAAUCUACAAGUCAUCAAAGAUUA